AGAGGAGGAUGGAUGCUCCCGGUGUGGCUGGCCGCGGUCAGCCUGGUGCUGGUGGACGGACGCAGGGUGAGACAGCCCAGAUGUCCCCUCGGAUGCAUCUGCACCAAAGAUAAUGCCCUGUGUGAGAAUGUCCGCUCCGUGCCUCACACGUUCCCCUCGGACGUCGUGUCACUAUCUUUUGUCAAGUCUGGAUUCAGUGAAAUCGCUGGAGGAAGCUUUGUUCACACGCCUGCCCUGCAACUGCUUUUGUUCACAGCAAACUCACUCGACCUCAUCGAUGAAGAUUCAUUCCUGGGUUUACCGCAUUUGGAAUAUCUAUUUAUUGAAAAUAACAAAAUUGCAUCAAUAUCUCCAUUUGCUUUCCGGGGCCUAAAAGGGCUGAUACAUCUGAGUCUGGCGUACAACAAUCUGGAGACGCUGCCCAAGGAUGUCUUCAAGGGCAUGGAGGCUCUGACCAAAGUUGAUCUGCGGGGCAACAACCUGAUCUGCGACUGCAAGCUGAAGUGGCUGGUGGAGUGGAUGCACCAGACCAACGCCACCCUGGACCAGAUCUACUGCAGCGGUCCGCCCAUUCACCAGGGGAAGAAGAUCAACGACCUGCUGCCACACUCCUUUGACUGCAUCACCACAGAGUUUGCCUCCUAUCAGUCGCUGAAGUUCGAGUCCAUCUCAGUGGAGGCCUUCACCUUUGGCAAAGAGCAGUAUGUUGUGUUUCCACAACCGUUCGCUGGGACAUGCAGCUUCCUGGAAUGGGAUCACGUCGAGAUGACCUUCAGACCCUAUGACACCAUUCAAACCACGUCCACUGUGGUCUGCAAGCCCCAGGUGAUCGACAGCCACCUCUUUGUCAUCGUGGCCCAGCUGUUCGGGGGCUCGCACAUUUACAAACGCGACAACUCCGCCAACAAGUUCAUCAAGAUCCAGGACAUCGACAUCCUGAAGAUCCGCAAACCCAACGACAUCGAGACGUUCAUGAUCGACGGGGAGUCUUUCUUUGUCAUCGCCGACAGCUCCAAGGCCGGCUCCACAACUGUGUACAAGUGGAACGGCAAUGGCUUCUACUCGCACCAGUCUCUCCACCCGUGGUACCGCGACACAGAUGUGGAAUAUUUGGAGAUCUCCAACAAGGCCCACCUGAUCCUGUCCAGCAGCUCCCAGAGGCCUGUGGUGUACCAGUGGAACCGGAGCCAGAAGCAGUUCGACCGCAGGACGGACAUCCCGGACAUGGAGGACGUCUUCUCAGUCAAACACUUUCGGGUCAAAGGUGAUCUGUUCUUGUGCUUAACGAGAUUCAUCGGGGACUCCAAGGUGAUGCGCUGGGACGGCGCCAUGUUCAAGGAGGUGCAGACCUUUCCCUCCCGCGGCUCCAUGGUGUUCCAGCCGGUCUCCGUGGGCAAGUGGCAGUACGCCAUCUUGGGCAGCGAUUAUUCCCUGACGCAGGUCUUCCAGUGGGAGGGCAAGAGGGGACAGUUCCUCCCGUCCCAGGAGCUGAACAUCCAGGCGCCUCGAGGGUUUUCCAUGGUCUCCAUCGACGACCGGGCUUUCCUGCUGGCGUCCAGCUUCAAGGGGAAAACUCAGAUAUACGAACACCUCAUGAUUGAUAUGAGUAACUAAACCAGUCAACCAUUCAGGACCAAUCAUGUACACCAGCGAUUUUGUUUAACUCCGAUUUGAAACCACAAACAUUUCCAGCCUAGGUUCAGACAAAAUUAAAUUUUACAGAGAAGCUCAAACUAUCAAAUAAGAAAUAUGUCAAGUAGGAUUAAAAUUCACAUGUUGGUUAUAGUGUUUGAGAUUAUUUUUAAAGCUCUUACACCAUUUUAAUGAAUAUAUAUUCUUCGCCGUAAACUUUGGCAACCGGAUGCAACUAAUUCAUUAUGAUAAAGUCCCUUUACUUUCAUCUUCAUUCCUUCCUCUUUAGGAAUGCCUUAUCCUCCAUUUGAAGAACUCAGUUACUCAAAGCUCACAAACAAACUAUAACUUGAUGUACAGUCUAUGUUUUUUUUUUCAUUCAACUCUAUGUAAUGUGUUUAUUUCUCAUGUAGGAAUUUGAUAGGAAUGAGUUAGUGCUGACAAUCGUGUAACAAUAACUAAACGGUGAAAAGUGUAUCGAGAAAAGGAGGCAAAGUGCAAAAGUGAAAAAAAACAAUUACGUCACGAGACAAUUCUUCUUUAAUUUGAGUCGUUUCACUAAACGUAACUUUACAGUGAAAUAGCUGUAGAGUAAAUUACAGAGCAAGGGAAAUAAAUCUCACAAGACAUCGUCACGUGCAGGUUUUUGAGCCUCACAUGUGACAUUAUCUUGAAGAUCAUUUAUAAUCUAAUCUGAUCCAGUAGUAACCCAAUUAUUACAAUUAUGGGGAGUUAGCGAUUUGCUGGUUAAUCUGUGUUUUGAAUUAUUUGUCUCUUAAAGCAUUGGCCAUAAUACAUGAAACGAAGAAUCCACCAUACAUUAUGAGAAACUCUGGGGACAACAUGUGUCUCCGUUGUGUCUCCUCUCAGAUCCAGACGCUCGCAGUGUUGAUUCCUGAUGAAUGACUCGCUGGAAGCCUCUCACUGUGUGCACCAGCCCUCUCGCUUUCGCUGCACUCUUGCCCCUUUUCUCCCUCGCCGACAAAACCUUUGUUAUCUUUACUCCGCAACUAAAAAAGCCGACCACUGUGCGAGCACCUGCUACCUGUGCUUUCACAUGCUCCUCUUAUUCUGACACACACAAACAGAAAGAGAAUACCCAUAACAACGUAACACUUGCCAAAUACGAUGUUUACCUUUUUGCUAUAUACCGUGUAAAGUACUUUGUAUGAUGUUUUGCUUUUGUAUGUAGAUGGGACCACACUCAGUCUUUUAUUUUUCAUAGACGUAGAAUUUAGUGUAGAUAUGUAUGUAUUUAUAAAAAAAAAAAACAGGAUCCCCUCCCUAACACUGUGUAACAUGCAGCCUCUGUAAAGCAGUGUAGUCCUACUUGUGUCAGUCGUAGUUAUGUACGGUUAGAGGAGGAUAGAUAUUCACUUGUCAUCGUGCUCACUGUAUUUUAUGUACAGACGUAAUAAAAACUUAAGUGCUAAA